CCGGCAGCGAACCACCGGAGCUCAACUCACAAACCUAAGCCACCGCCCCUCCACCUCUCUAAUCUCUCUCAUCAUGUCGACGGCGGCUACAUCUCGGCCCAGCGGCCCUGUGCUUCUGAGCCCCUUUCCCAACUACCAAUCCGCCUCGCUCUCCCGUGUCAAGCUCUCCGUCGCCGGCUCGCCGGUCAAGUCCGUCAGCGUCUCGUCUCCCCCCUCCUCCCCCGUGGGCGGCGCCCCCAAGAUCCGUCGGUCAUGCAUGUGUUCCCCAACGAACCACCCGGGCUCGUUCCGCUGCAGCCUCCACAAGGAGCGCAAGCAGGAGGCCCCCGCCGUCAGCAGCACCAGGCCCGCCUCCCCGCCUUCGCCGCCGUCGAAGCGCACGGCGAGCCCGUUCGCGCAGCUCUUCCCCGGCGGCAGCGGCUGCUCUAGACGCUCAUACAGCGGGCUGGCGCAGCGCGUUCCCAUGGGCAGCGGGCACUGGGCACGCAAGGCGCUCGUGCCGUCCCACGCGGUGCAGCAGCUGCAGCACCGGAAGCGAGUGGUGGAGCGGUUCCAUGCCGGGCCCAGCCGGCUCUCCGCCGCCUCCAUGGCCGGCCGCAGCAACCAGUAAAAAAACAACUUCGUCGACAUGCCAUAGCAGCAAGAUACGUACAUACUUACAUACUGCACAUACUGUACAUAGGAAAGAAGUUCCCCCAAUAAUUCCGAUCGCUGUAUAGAAGGAAGAUCGGUGGGGAUCAGGCCGGAAGGUUGGAGUUGUAAGACCCAAUUCGAUUCCUGGCUGGUCAAUUAGGCAGCCAGUAGAUACUGUACAUAUACAGUGAGCCUCUUCUUCCUCCCCGCUCCGCUGCACAUACAGUGAGCUCGUCGUCUCUGCUCCACUUGUACAUAGAACACGCAUACAUGCAUCUGAUCUGUUGACGGGAGGCUUAUCCAUCAUGGAUCAUGGAUGAUUUGCCGCAACAACUUUCUGCUUCUGUUUCUGUUUAUGUUUCUGGAAUGUGGGUGUGUCUCGCCUCUGUUUCGGUUUCAGAUAAGCUCCGCAAGAGAUGAGUGGCGUCUCGCCGUUGGUGGCGCCCGUCACGCGGCGCUCGUGCGUGCCCCCAGCCGGCCGGAUCAGUCCCGCAACUUGAAGCACGGCAGAAAUCCUCCGAUUCCGACGAGAUUUCUGUGGAACUUCAUGACGCGCGCAACCGAUGAACCGAGGAUUUUUCUUCUUAUUUCCCUGCUAAAAUAUUAUUUUGAUCAGGCCAGCAAUUAGCAGCUCACGAGAGAAAUCCCUUGAUUCUGAAGAAAUUUAUGUCAAAGUUUCAUGGCGCGCUCAACUGAUGAACAGAGGAUUUUUCU